AUGGCUUUCGCGGCGGGGGUGGCCGGGACGUGUGUUUCCAUCACGGAGCACUCUGGCGGGUUUCCCACUGCGGCGUUCUUCUUCCAAUCGGCCAUGUGCCUAGUGGCUGCUACGCUGUCGCUGGUGCUGGUGGAUGGGCUAGUUUACAGCAAGGUGCAUUCGACCGAGGGAAACUGCGUGGAAACGUCGUCAUGCCUAGAUGAUAUCUGCGGUGGAUACGAUUGCGUCUGCUGGGAGCCGGAUGGGUCGACUGAUUGUUUCGACGGGACAUCAACGCGAAAGUGCUUGCAGUACCAAGGCGGCAGUUGCGACGAUAUUGAGGUGACGUGAAAACCCAAAAUGAUUUUGAUUGGCUAGCUCGCUCGAUACAGUACUGGUCUGUUCUAAAAUACGGGGGUGGUUACCCGCCGGCCAGCUCGUGGAGAAGGUGAUGGUCUGCCUGUGUAUUGCGUGGGAGCGGUUGUGAGUGGGAGAGCGAGGUGGGGGCUGCCCUGAUCGUGCAUUUUUGGCGCGCCACUUCUGCCAUCAUAUCACCCCCAGUUGUACCGUCGCUGAAUCCAACUUGUGUGCCUUUAGAGAAUUCCAGCCCGCCCACCGAUCAUGCUGUCAGGCAAAGGUGGUACGGUACGGUAAUUCCAGUACAGAACAGUACGAGACGGGACGGAAAGGAACGGUACCGUGUGGUUUGCGACGUUUCAUUGUCCGGUAUUUCCGACGUACGUGGCAGACACUUGUUGUUACCGUGUAAUAAUAGACUUGGUGGGACAGCUUGCACAUCCAACCAUCUUCCAGUUGCCAAGCUCUUGUGGCAUUUGUCGGCCACGCGGGGGUCAUCGCCAUGCCCAUCAUGCCCCCCCCCCCUCUCUGGUCCUUGCACUUUUCUGGGCGUUAUGCUUUCAGGUCUCCGAGUCGUUGCUGGCAGCGUCGACCUUCCUCCAUAUCAUCAUCAUGGCUCUCGUGGCUAUUGCGAUGCUUGUGACUUCCGCCACCUGCUGCGGCUGCAAGUACACGGUUUUCCUCCGAAGAGAGGACGGCGUUACCCGGGUACACCGCUUGUGACUUGUGAUGUAUUGUGACGAUGCAUUUUGGUUUGGGUUGUCGUCAGGAACCGGUUAGGUUUGAUUUGUUACGUGCUUUUAUGAGGACCAACGGCGGGGAACGGGUAUCGACACACGGUGCUGCAGGGUAGCACUUGUUAGCUGCUGCCUGUUUUCACGCAGCAGAUCAAAUCCAGUGCAGCGCAAAGUUAAGGUUUUUUCUGUCGGGAAGGAAGGAGUAUGGUGACGCUGACACUGACACUGACACUGACACCGCAAUAUCACCGUUCUCGGUGUGUGCCCCGGGCUGGGUAACAGGGGCCUUGCCUUUGGCCGGUCCUUGGUAGGAGUCAUUGUGGCUUUGUCCUCGUAAGAUUCAUUGUGGCUUCGUCCUCGUAAAAUUCAUUGUGGCUUUGUCCUCGUAAGAUUCAUUGUGGCUUUGUUCUCGUAAGAUUCAUUGUGGCAUCUAACCGUAUCCAUCCUUGCUUUGGCAGCGCACAAGUAGGGCACAACGCCGUUAACAUGCGCGAAAGCCCAUGGUCGUGGUACAGAUUGAUGUCACGAGGAUUGCUGCUGCAUGAUGUGGUGGCGCUUGCGGGUACAGAGCAAUGUAACAAGAUUGGCCAAUCAGAAAACUGCGGGCACCUGUUCUCUGUCUCUCGUGGCUUGCUCGGAAUAAAUUGCUUGAAUAUGUUUAAUGCUGCCGGAGGAAGAAUUGAACGUGUGUUUUUUUGCAACAUGCACUGGGGAGGUGUAAUGCAUAGUCUGUUACGUUUCAGCUGGAGAUCGCUGCCUUGUAUUUGUUCUGAUUGCGGAUUCGUUUUUUUCGCGCAGCAUCGGAAUGCUCCCUCUCAUGACUGAAAAGCGUGUGCGGUGAUUUGUAUGUAAAUGCGAAGGCGAAACCCGUUGUGGUUUCACGCGCAGCUUCAUGUCCUGCCGCUGACGCCAUAUGCGAAGGUGUACCGAUUCAGGCUCCUUUUGCCAUAGGAGCUGUUUUAGCUGCUUUGAUGGAAGGGUUGUUUUUGAGCAGUACACAGUACGACAUAUAAAUGUACCAUAACCGAGCAGGGUGCCGGUGAACACCUCCAUCAUCUCGAUGGCGUCGCGUGUUUUAACCCAAUAGUUACCUUACCUUGUUUGUAUUCUAGAAGCACAUCAUUUGUAUUGUACCAUGCAUUUCACAACAAAGCACACAGACACAACCA